UUCUACCUCCUCCCAUCUCUCCUCACCUCCUGUGUCCUGUUCCCCUCGUUCGUUGCUGCAGCAGUCUGCUCUGCUUCCUGUGAAAGCUGUGUAUCACGAUGCGUGUGGACUGCAUAUGGGGUCUCCUCUUGCUCCUGUCUCUCAGUUUGGAAUGGGCCAGGGCUCAGGAGACCAAUUACACAAGGCCUGUGUUCCACUGUGGAGGAGACCUGGUUGCUGAUUCAGGCUUUGUUGGCAGCGAGGGCUUCCCCAGCUUCUACAAACCCAACAGCAAAUGCAUCUGGCGCAUCACUGUCCCGGAGGGAAACGUGGUCUCGCUCUCCUUCCGCAUCUUUGACCUGGAGGCCGACUCCCAGUGCCGCUACGACUAUCUGGAUAUUUACAACGGCCACUCCAACUUGGUGCAAAAACUAGGUCGGUUCUGUGGAACUUUCCGGCCCGGCACUCAGCUAUCGACCACAAACACCAUGAUGCUGGAGAUGGUGACUGAUGAGGGGACCCAGACCAGAGGGUUCUUGGCUCAUUUCAGUGGAACAAAACCUUACGUAAAUGGGGAGCAGUCCUGUGGGGGGAAGAUGACAAAAUCCCAGGGAGAGAUCAAGACACCCAACUGGCCAGACAGGAAGUACCCACCAGGAACCACCUGCUCCUGGCUCAUCACCGUGGAACCCGACAGAGUGAUCCAGGUGAAGUUUGACAAAUUCGUUCUGGAGGCUGACACCUACUGCCGGUUUGACUAUGUGGCCUUUUUCAACGGUGGAGAGAGAGACGAUUCUCGCCUGAUUGGGAAAUACUGUGGCGAUCAGACACCUCAACCCAUCAUCACCAGCGGCAACGAGCUGCUGGUCCAGUUUGUGUCUGACCUCAGCGUGACGUCCGAUGGAUUCUUCGCCUACUACACCAGCGUCCCCCGAGGUUCUGAGGCCCCGAUCGACAACUCAAGGCCCCGUGUUGAUUCUGGCCCCUCGAGGCGUCCAGUCAAACCCGCUCGACCUGCUCGACCAGCCAUCACUGCAAGGGUCCCCGUCCCCACCACCACCGCCGCCCCCAAAUAUGUGCCACCUCCCCCCGUCUCACCCACAAGGCGAGUGCCAAAUCGGAAUAGGCCAGGUCCUCAGAAGCCACUUUGUCCCAGAGUCUGUAAGAGAGCCGGAACCAUCAAGACCAGUUUCUGCUCCAGUGAAUUUGUGAUAACUGGAACCAUCACCUCUUUGGGCCCUGGACCCCGAGGCAGCGUUGUGAUGAACAUCUCCCUCAUCAAGGCGUACAAGUCAGGGAGACUGACCAUCACGCAGGCCGGAGAGACCAUGUCGGUGAAGCUGGUGUCGCAGUGCAAGAGGUGUCCUUUGAUGCGCAGAGGCGCCAACUACAUCAUCAUGGGUCAGGUGGAUGAAGAGGGACGUGGCACCUUGGCGCCCGGUGCCUUCACUGCUCCAUACAAAGUUGCACACCACAAACUACUGAUGAAUAUCAACAACCAGCCAUGUUAAGACCGGACACGCUCCGACAGUUCAGUGAACUAUAAAGACACAAUAUAACAAAACAGUCAAACUUUAUUUUAUAUACAACCUUAAAGUAUAUAUAUAUAAAUAUAUAUUAUUUUGUAAAAACACCCACUGAACCUUUUAUUUGUAAUGCAUAUGCAUAUAUUUAUAAAUAAAGGUUUUAAAUCACGUUUAA